UAGAGCACAGCAGGCAAGCGUGAGUGUUGGAGGGCAGGCUGCUGGUGCCGGGACCCGCUGCCCAGGCCAAUGGGGAAGUGCCUUUCCUGUUGUGCCGACACUGAUGUAACGGAAGGCUGUCGUCAUACAUCUCCCACAGGUGUGACUAGUGUGUCCCAGUCCAGCCUUCCAUCGACGACUGUGCUGCAGUUUCAGCCGCAGCAGUCAACAAAACUCACGCAGCAGGGCGACACGUAUACGAAUGGAACAGGCAACGCGCCCCUUGGUGGCGACAAGCAGAGAAUGUUCCCCUACCCACGCAUCCCGCCAAUCCACCGUAGCGGCGACGGUGGAAAAAAGGCCAUAGUGACACGCGAUAUGUCUGAGGCACGCAUUGCGGCGAUUUACGAGCGCUACCGGGACCCGCACGAAGAUGCUAUCCUCUCUGAGGGCGUUGAGCGGCUGUGCCGCGACCUUGGCGUGCAGCCGGAGGAGUUUCGCGUGCUCGUGCUCGCGUGGAAGUUUCAGGCGGCAACGAUGUGCCGCUUUACGCGCAGCGAGUUUGCAAGCGGCUGCCGGCGGCUGCGGGUCGACUCGGUGCGUGGUAUACGCGACCGCUUUCCAGACAUGCUUGACGAGGUCAGGGAUGCAGACGCAUUCAAGGACCUCUACCGCUGGACGUUCAAGUUUGGCCUCGAUGCCGACGUCGGUCAGCGUGUGUUGCCAACAGACAUCGCGGUCUCACUGUGGAGGCUUGCGUUCUCCCAACGUGAGCCACGCAUCCUCAAGCGCUGGCUCGCAUUCCUCGAGCGGCAUCCCCACAUCCGCUGCAUCCCGAAGGACACGUGGCACAUGUUCUUGAACUUCACUGAGGCCGUUGGUGAUGACCUCAGCUGCUAUGACGACACAGAGGCAUGGCCAAGCCUCUUCGAUGAUUUUGUCGAGUAUGAGAACGACCAGACAAAUCAGAAUGUCACAUCGGAUUCGCAGGAGCACAACGACAACAUGAUGUGAUUGGGAUGCGCUGCUGGCACCCUCUGGCCAAUGCCUUUGAAGAAGUUUGCAGCAUCAAACUGGCAGACACGUUUUCAUAUGGCACAACACAUGCAGGCCUUAACUACCUAUAUAUUGCAUGUCCUAGCUUGCAAGAGUGACUGUGGAGAGACAUGACCCAUGCAGGAUGUGAUUUAUUUCCAUUAAUAAGAUCACUGGUUAAGGUUAAACCAAUGUCUGACCAUUUGUGGUGAUCACCUCCUCCCCCACCCGCUGAACUCAUGGUGGAUACAUUUUCAUUGAGGGCUUGGUCAAAGAGUGGUUUAUAUUUACCAAGUCUUGCACGUGGUUAAUAGGUUAAUAGGUAAUGUUCUGUGGGAUGUGUCUGUCUGUGUGUGUACAUAUGUAUAUAUAUAUGUGUGUGUGUGUGUGCGUAUCUCU